AUGCGUCUGUUCAAACUCACUCGACAUAUUGCCGGACUGAAAAUUCUCAUUCACACAUUUCGGGCCAGUCUGAAAGAGCUGGUCUUGCUCGUGUUUUUUCUCAUGGUUUUCAUCGUGAUUUUUGCUGCCCUAAUGUACUACGCCGAGCGCUUCCAAUUCAAUCCACGAAACGAUUUUGCCUCAAUCCCGGUCGGUUUGUGGUGGGCGAUUGUGACCAUGACAACGGUCGGUUACGGAGAUCAAGUGCCGAAAACGUAUUUAGGUAUGAUUGUGGGAGCGAUGUGCGCAAUCACCGGUGUGAUGACUAUCUCACUACCGGUCCCGGUCAUUGUGUCCAACUUCUCCCGAUUCUACACACACACACAGGCACAGUCGAAACUGCCGAAGAAACGACGUCGUGUUCUACCCGUGGAAGCCGUACGACCGAAGUCGAUGAGCCCGACCGGAAAAUUCAUGUCCCCGCAUGCAGCAAAUGCGACUGGAUUCAAUCCAAUGGCCCAACGUGGCUUGCUCAGCACACCGAUGGGACCGAGNGACCGAGUGCUGGGUUGA